GGUUCUGGGAAAGAUGACCACUCUCACACGGCAGGACCUUAACUUUGGGCAAGUUGUUGCAGAUGUUCUUUCAGAAUUCCUGGAAGUGGCUGUUCACCUUAUCUUAUACGUCAGAGAAGUUUACCCUAUUGGGAUCUUUCAGAAGAGGAAAAAAUACAAUGUACCUGUCCAGAUGUCCUGCCACCCAGAGCUGAAUCAGUACAUCCAGGACACGCUGCACUGUGUAAAGCCACUGCUCGAGAAGAACGAUGUGGAGAAAGUUGUAGUUGUGAUCCUGGAUAAAGAGCACCACCCUGUGGAGAGAUUUGUCUUUGAGAUCACCCAGCCGCCUCUUCUGUCCAUCAGUUCGGAGUCCCUGCUGUCCCACGUGGAGCAGUUACUGCGUGCCUUCAUCCUGAAGAUCAGUGUGUGCGAUGCUGUGCUGGACAACAACCCCCCAGGUUGCACCUUCACAGUCCUGGUUCACACACGGGAGGCUGCCACACGGAACAUGGAAAAGAUCCAGGUGAUAAAGGAUUUCCCGUGGAUCCUCGCUGAUGAACAGGACGUGCACAUGCACGACCCCCGGCUUAUCCCCCUGAAAACCAUGACGUCGGAUAUCUUAAAGAUGCAGCUGUAUGUAGAAGAGCGAGCCCACAAAGGGACCUGAUUCCAACUCUUCCUUGCCUUCAAGCCUCAUCUGAGCUUCCAGUGGAAUAAGAUAUCUCACAAACCAUACCCUGAUAACCCUCUCUUCAGCUGGCCUUCUGGGUGAAUGUAGAGCAGCUGCUGCCUCUUUGUUUCAAGUGCUCUUACCACUGUACAUAGAACUGACUUGGAAUGUGGAGCCAGAGCCUGUUCCCAUGUGCACUCGUAGGUGAGCGUGCGUAUAGGUGUUGUCACAGUGAAUCCCUGGGGGCAGGAGAGGGGCCGGGUGUGCAGUCAAGUCCAGUUCUCCGACAGGGCCCCUCCACUGCACACUGGCAGUGCUGUACAGCCAUCGGUUACGUGCUGCACCAGAGCGAGGGACUCGUGCUAAGGGUGAGCGAGGCCUUAUGUAGUGUCUGUCCACUGUGACUGUCCCAAGUACUCUUCAAUAAAUACCAAGUUUUACCUGAGCUGAACUAGGCUGAGUUCUGUC